AUUUGCUUUACGGUUUACCAGAAACAUGCAAUUGAAGCAAUGUUAGAGCUCCAAGUGGAAAUAUGAAUUUUGAAAAUACAUUUUACAAAAAGCCUUUAACCAUAGUUUAUAUCUAAAUUCUUAAUCAGAGAAAAAGGAACAGGUUCUGUGUUUUGAGAAACGAUUGGUUAAAUUUGUGUGAACGUAUAAAAUUUUGUUCACUAUGUUAUUUAAUAUUAUAAGCAAUAUAUUAUAAUUACGCUCUAACAAACUCUCAAAAACUAUGGUAUUAUCUAGGCAGGAAAUAAAUGUAAGGCGGCUCCUAGCGAGGUGCGAACUCAUGUGCAAAAGUAAAGAGGAUCAUUUGGAGAAGUACCUUGAGUCCCUGGAAGAUAUGCUGCAAGGACUCCGAAGGCAGCCGGAUGUAUCAAUUGAAUCUAUUAAAAAUUAUCAGAAGCGGGUAAUGAACCUUAAAGGGGCUUUAGGUAUUACAACUAGCAAGUACGAUGAGUUUACGGACCCACAAGCCAUGCGAGAGGACUUGUUAGGCCUUCGACAUAGAAACACGGCCCAGGGCCCAAACCUAAAAGACUUAGAUCAAGCUAUCAGGUAUCAUGAAGAUAUUCAGAAGAAUGUUACCGAAGAAAUGUUAAACUUUGCCAAAACCCUUAAGGAACAGUCCAAGUUGGCUAACAAAAUAAUCAGAAAAGAUACAGAAGUGGUAGCAAAUUCAACUCAACUAACGGAGCAGAAUUUUUCUAAACUGUCGGUUGAGUCUGCAAAACUAGCAGAACAUUCCAAACGUGCAUGGAAAUGCUGGAUGUGGCUCAUAUUGGCCGCUGUUGUAAUAGUUUUUAUAAAUAUGGUCCUAUUUAUGAAGGUAGCAAAGAAGACAAAAUAAUUAGGUGGAUUACUUUUAUUAAGAAAAAAAAAUAUUUGGAUAUAUUUAUUUAUAGCCUUUCCAUUAUUGUUUUGAAAUAAAUCACUAUUGUGGAU